CCUUUGCCACCAAAUCCAACUAAACCUAACCCAACCGGCCAACAAUACCCCCCAAAAGUUGCAAAAACUAAUCAAUCAGGUCCUCAAUAAAUUUUAGGGAUUUAGAUUCUCUUGCUUGCUGCUUCAUUUUUCUUCGAUUCUUUGCUGCAAUGACGGUGGCGACAGCCGGAAACCUCGCUGUCUCGGUAGCGCCGUCUAGGCAAAUGCAAUCAGAGUUCUCAUCGGCGUCUUCUUAUUCAUUUAGUUUAUGUUAUGGACCGCAAAUAUUGAAGAAGGAGAAAAAGAAGAAUUACAGAGGAAUGUCAUUGAGGUCUGAAGGUGGUUCUCAGAAUUUAAAUCCAAUUGAUAAGAUUGAGUCCAAAAACUCUAACCUUUUAGCUCUUCAACAACUUAAGGCAUCUGGAAUUGAUAGAUAUACAAAGGAAAAGAGCAGCAUUGUUGUCAUUGGCCUAAAUGUGCAUACUGCACCAGUUGAAGUACGCGAGAAACUUGCCAUUCCAGAAGCCCAGUGGCCUCAAGCCAUUAGUGAGCUCUGUGAUUUAAACCAUAUAGAAGAAGCUGCUGUUCUGAGUACAUGCAACAGAAUGGAAAUAUAUGUUGUGGCUUUGUCUCAACAUCGAGGCGUUAAAGAAGUGACUGAGUGGAUGUCUAAGAUUAGUGGAAUUCCUGUUUCUGAGCUUUGCCAGCACCGUUUUAUGUUGUAUAACGAAGAUGCGACAAGACACCUAUUUGAAGUAGCUUCUGGCCUUGACUCUGUUGUUCUAGGAGAGGGUCAAAUCCUUGCCCAGGUAAAACAAGUAAAAAAACUUGGACAAGGAGUAUCUGGCUUUGGCAGGAAAAUUAACGGGCUGUUUGAACAUGCAAUCAUUGCUGGGAAGCGGGUAAGAACCGAGACCAAUAUUUCUUCAGGGUCUGUUUCUGUCAGUUCAGCUGCUGUAGAACUUGGCCUAAUGAAGCUUCCAGAGUCUUCAUAUUAUGAUGCUAGGGUUUUGGUAAUUGGAGCUGGCAAGAUGGGGAAGCUUGUGAUCAAACACCUGGCUGCAAAAGGGUGCACCAAAAUGGUGGCUGUGAAUAGAACUGAGGAGAGAGUUGCUGCUCUGCAAGAAGAGCUUAAGGAUACUGAAAUCAUCUAUAAACCCCUGUCAGAAAUGAUGGCAUGUGCUGGUGAAGCCGAUGUUAUUUUCACCUGCACUGCAUCAGAGGCUCCUUUAUUCACGAAAGAUCAUGUACAGAGACUCCUUCCUUUGGACCGAAAAUUAGAAAGGCGGCUAUUUAUUGAUAUUUCUGUACCUAGGAAUGUAGAACCACGUGUCUCAGAUCUUGAGGAAGCAGAAGUCUACAAUGUGGAUGAUCUCAAGGAAGUGGUGGCUGCCAAUAAGGAGGAUAGACUCAAGAAAGCAAUGGAAGCACAGACAGUUAUUUCCGAGGAAUUGCAUAAAUUUGAAGCUUGGAAGGAUUCUCUUGAGACAGUUCCGACCAUCAAGAAGUUGCGGGCUUAUUUUGAAAGGAUUAGAGCUUCUGAACUAGACAAGUGUCUGUCAAAGAUGGGUGACAUUUCGGAGAAACAGAAGAAGGCUAUCUAUGAUCUUAGCAUGGGUAUGUUGAAGAAGUACCUUCACGGUCCAAUGCAGCACCUCAGACUUGACACAAAUGACUGUCGUAAACCAGAAGAAAUACUUGAGAUUAUGCAUGCCGUUAACAGAAUGUUUGACCUUGAGACAGAGAUAAUUCUGGAAACAGUACGAACAAAGGUAGAACGAAAGCAGAAGUAAGCUCUUGAGACUAGUUUCUAGACCCUUUUUGCUGCAAUUAUGCCAGUAUAUGAUACCAUCCUCGCCAUGUUAUUGCUUUGCUGCAAUACAUUCUGAUAUCCUCGGAGAUCAUUCUGUUUUCCAUUUUUCAGAAACAGAAGCCUCGUACAUUCAUUGUUCUCAAGUAUUUAUUAUACAGUCAUCAUAGAAGAAAUGAGUUGAAAACUGAUACGGCGGCUCGAUUCAGCUUGAUUCUGAAUCUUACAUGUAUACCAAUUGGAUUCAACUUUAAUCUGAAUAAUAAUGAUUCCCUUAUUCAUUGAUCA